AGGGCUUCCUGGGAUGUCCCCUUAUCUCACCCAGCAGACAGCUCCGCACACGCCCCCCGGCUGCGCCCUCAUUCCGCCAUUCCAGCCAGCACCACCAUUGUCGGAGCCAUGAGACCCCAGCGGCUCCAGCAUCCCUCUCCCGGGGGCUCCCUGGCGCGGCUGCUGCUUCUCCUGGCGCUGCCAGGGGCUGCGCAGGGCUCGUUUGAGGUAAGCGUUUCGCCGGAAGCUGCCAUGGUGGAGCACGGAGGGUCUGUCUGGAUAAACUGCAGCACCACGUGCCAGAAUCCUGCUGCCAACGGCAGCCUGGAGACCUCGCUCACCAAAGCCGAUAGUAAAAGAGGACCUGGGUGGGCGGCCUUUCUCCUCGUCGCUAUCACGGAGUGGGUGUCGGCCCCUCAGUGCUACUUCACCUGCGAUGGAGAUACGAAGGUGGCGGCUGCAAACAUCUCCUCUUACCGGGUGCCGGAGCGGGUGGUGCUGGAGCCACUCCCCGAGAUGGAGCUGGGUCGGGCCUAUAACCUGACGUGCUGGGUUCUGAACGUGGCUCCCGUCACGCACCUCACCGUGACCCUCCGCCAGGGGGGACGGACCCUGCACAUGGAGACCUUCCAGAACCAUACUGGGAUCGGACCCAACGACAUCCCAGUGACCCAUGAGAUCACCCCUCGGCGCUGGGACCAUGGGCAGGAGAUCACCUGCCACGCAGCCCUGGACCUGAUGCCACACGGGCCCCACUUUGAAAACAGCUCCUCUGUGGUGGAGCUCCAGGAGGCCGGGGCUGCAGAACAAUCCUUUAACGUGAGCCUUUGGCCAGAAGACUCCGUGGUGGAGCAUGGAGGCUCCAUCUGGUUAAACUGCAGCCACACGUGCCGGGAUCCUAGUGCCAGGGGUGGCCUUGAGACCUCGCUCACCAAAGCCCAAAAUAAAAGUGGGCCCGGAUGGAUGGCCCAAGAGCUGGUUGAUAUCCAGGAGUGGGUGUCGGCCCCUCAGUGCUAUUUCAACUGCUAUGGAAACGUAACCUGUGCGGUUGCCCACAUCACCACUUACCGGCCGCCAGAGUGGGUGGUGCUGGAGCCGCUCCCAGAGAUGGAGCUGGGCCAGGUCUAUAACCUGACGUGCCGAGUUCUGAACGUGGCUCCCGUCACGCACCUCAGCGUGACCCUCCGCCAGGGGGGACGGACCCUGCACACGGAGACCUUCCAGAACCACACCGGGACCGGACCCGACGACGUCACAGUGACCCACGAGAUCAUCCCUCAGCGACGGGACCACGGGCAGGAGGUCACCUGCCACACAGCCCUGGACCUGAGGCUGCAAGGGCAGUUUUUCCAAAACUCCCCUGCAGUGGAGCUCAGGGUUUUUGAUCUCCCAGAGGAGCCCCAGCUCCUAACCUCCCUCUAUAUCGAGGUGGGCACCAGGGCACCCGCCCGCUGUCGGGUAGCCGGGGUCUUCCCCAGUGCAGGAGAGGCCCGGUUCACCCUGUCCUUUGGCGGGGAGAGCCUGAACUUCACCGUCGCCACGUCGGGCGACACGGCCACCGCCCAGGGCGAGGUUUGGUCCCAGUUCCCAGGACAGCGCGAGCUGAACUGCACCGUGACCAUGGGGCCCGUGUCCAGAUCCGCAGGGCAGAGCGUUCGCAUUUACCGUUUCCCUCAGCCCGUCCUGCAGAUCGACCAGCCACAGGCCCUUGUGAACAGGAACGUGAGCGUCACGUGCAGUGCCCCUGCCUCCCAGCCCCCCGGCACUACCCUACAGCUCAGAGACUCCGAGCGAACCCUGGCGUCCGGGCCCCAACCCCGCCUGCAGCUCACGCUGACCACCCACAAGGGAGACAACGGGAGACAAUUCACGUGUGAAGGGAACCUCACUCUGGGCAGCCAUUCCCUCGUAAAGAACAUGUCCGCUCAGCUCAUCGUCCUCUACCAGCCUACACUGGACGAGUCUGGCUGCCCAAGUCACCGGACGUGGCUCGAGGGGACCCUGCAGCAGCUGGCCUGUGAAGCUGACGGAAACCCGACGCCGGAGGUCUCCUGCAGCAAGGACAGCCAGGUGUACGGCACCAGCGGCGUGCAGAACGUCACGAGAGGCCACGCGGGCAUCUAUCGCUGCAGCGCUGCCAAUGCGCACGGGACGGCCGGCAGGAACGUGACCAUCCACGUCGAAUACAAGCCCACCAUGGACGAGUCCAGCUGCCCCAGUACCCAGGCGUGGCUGAAGGGGACCCUGCACACCCUGGCCUGUGAGGCGGAUGGGAUCCCCGUCCCUCGCGUCCCGUGCACCAAGGAGGGAGCAGCUGACGAGUUUGGCGGCGAGCGGAACGUGAGCAGGAAUGACUCUGGCACCUACCACUGCACGGCCACGAACCGCCUCGGGUCAAUGAGCAGGAGGGUCACCGUGCAGGUGGAAUACAGGCCCAUCAUCCUGCUCCUGGCCGUCAGCCCUUCUGACACAGUCCCACGUGGCACCAACUUCAACAUCAGCUGCCGUGCCGAGGGCUCCCCGGCGCCCGCCUACCGCUGGACCGUGCCCCCGGCCCCCAACGUCCACUGCUCGGCCGAUAACAGCACCGUGAGCGUGGCCGGCGCUGACCGGCACAAUCGUGGCAUUUACAUCUGCAGAGUCUCCAAUGCUCACGGGCAGCACCUGGGCCAGGUCCGAAUCCAGGUGACAGAUCACAGACUCAUCAUCGCCGCCCUGAUCGCGGGGGCAGCCGUGCUGCUGCUGGGUGGGACGGCCGGGCUCGUCUAUUACCUCAAAUCCACCGCCUGCAGGAAAGGCGAGUACAACGUGCAGGACGCCGAGAGCUCCUCCAAAGCCACCUGCCUCGGCCCCGACAGUGCCGUCUAUGGGAUACAGCUCACCCAGACCUGAGCCGGCCAGAGCCACCCAUGCAAGGGCUGCUGGAGGGAACCCAGCAGUGCGUCCCUGCGGCCGGGGGGCUGGCUGGUUUGGUUGGUUGUUCGUUGUUGCAUCCGUCCUCCGGUCACUUUGGAAGCUCCUGCCAAGCUGUGUUCUCUGUCCAAACCCGGCCUGUCUCCGUCCAACCACCUCCGCAUGCAGCUUCUGUCCCUGGAUCUUUCUGGCUUCGGAUCUGCUCCUCCCUUUUUCCCUUCCACAGCCCUGCCCCGUGGCCCUGGUGGAACUUCGGGUACUUUGCCUUAAAUAUGGGAAAUGGGUCAUGAGCUGGCCCCGACCAGGCCAUGAUUGUACUGGAGCGCGCAGGGUGCAGGGGUGCCUAACCCAGUGCCUGGGUGGACUGGCACAGGCAGGGGACAAUGGGUAUGUGACCUGCUGGGAUCUGAACAUCUAGGUCCCAGAUUCCAACCCAGGGGGAGGCAGGAGCCACCAAGCACAGUCAGGGGCCUGCGGGGAAAUGAGUGAGCUGGGUCUCUGUCCCUGUGCUGGCAGGAAUGGGCCAGUCUGUCCUCAGAUAUAAGAACAUACGAACAGCCAGACUGGGUCAGACCAAAUGUCCAUCUAGCCCAGGAUCCUGUCUGCCGCCAUGGCCAAUGCCACGUG